ACGGCGCGCGACAGGGCGGGGCUAGGCCGAGGCCGCGGCCGCCAUGGCGACGGCGCGGGAGCGGGAGCGGCUGAGAUUUAGAAAAGAAAUGAAGGGAGUGGGGAACUUCAGCAGAAAAAUGACAUUGGAUUUCCCUUGAGGUGACAUUUCUCUUCAAUAUCAUUAUUCUCAGGGAGAAUUAAAGGGAAUUCCAUCAGAAGAGUAUCAUUGUGUGGGUAAAACACAGGCCCAAGCAUAGGAAUUGGGACAAAUAAAUUCUGCUGAGCUUUGUAUUUCAAGCCAAUAGAAAAUUGCAUCCCUCCAGCAACAAGAGUACAGAAGAGCCACAGUUUUUUCUAUGUGAUCAUGCCAAGGUGACACAGUGUUUGGAGUGAGAAGAUAACACUGAAAUGUGGUGGUUUCAGCAAGGCCUCUCGUUCUUGCCUGUGGUUUUGGUUGUGUGGUCUGCUGCAUCUUUUAUAUUUUCUUACAUUACUGCAAUCAUCCUACACCAUGUCGACCCUUUGGUACCCUACAUCAGUGAUACAGGGACAAUACCUCCUGAAAGAUGCUUAUUUGGGAUCAUGCUAAAUAUUUCAGCUUUCAUGGGUAUGGCUACCAUGUAUGUCCGUUAUAAGCAAGUCCAUGCUCUGAAUCCAGAAAAAUCCAAGAUCACCAAGCUUAAUAAGAUUGGCCUUACACUAGGACUGAUGAGCUGUUUUGGACUUUGCAUUAUUGCAAAUUUCCAGAAAUGUAUUCUAUACUACAUACAUGUGAUUGGAGCCUGUCUGACAUUUGGAGUAGGGGCCAUUUAUAUGCUUGUUCAGACCAUCCUAUCCUAUCUGAUGCAGCCAGAAGUUCACAGCAAAGACAUCUUUUGGAUCCGACUGACAGUGUUACUCUGGUGCAGUUCAAGCAUUGCCAGCAUGUUUAUUUCCUCCGUUGUUUUAUAUAGUGGCCUGUAUGGAACUAAUUUAGUGCAAAAGUUGCACUGGGAUCCUCAGGAGAAAGGCUACACAGCUCACAUCAUCAGUACUGUCUCAGAGUGGUCAUUAGCAUUCUCCUUUCUCAGCUUUUUCCUCACCUAUAUCCGUGACUUUCAGAAAAUCUCCCUGCGUGCAGUUGUUAGCCUUCAUGGACAAACCCUUUAUAAUGCACCGCAGAGCUUUAUGACUGAUGAACAGACGCUGCUGGUAGCAGGGAGUAUCUAAUGAAGUUGAAGAGAACAUGUUCUCAACAUAACUCAGGAAUUUAAUAGCAAUAACAAUGAUAUUUCUAAGCAUUUAUUUUGUAUAAAAAUAGGAAGUGAUUGUAUUCAACUUGACAUAAAUGGCUUUGCUAUUGACCCACUACCCACUCAGCCAUGCAAGUGUUAUCAGUAUUGUAAACAAACCUGUAACAUUUCUACACAUGCAGAUGUCAUGAAAGAAUUAAAUGAAGGUUAUUAAAAA